AUGUCCGACAAACACUACUUCCCUUCCACAAACGCCAAUUCUUUGGUUCCAAGAGCGCUACGAGCUCUUGUCUCGGCAAAUAAUCACCUGAGUUUGAACUACGCAGAGAGAGUCGUUGGGAAUGCGUUCCAUGAUGACUCAAAGGUGAGCAUCAUCAGCGGAGGCGGCUCAGGACACGAACCGGCAUGGAGUGGCUACGUUGGCGAUGGCCUGCUGUCAGCUGUUGCUUGUGGUGAUAUCUUUGCGUCACCAAGCGCGAAGCAAAUCCUGGCUGCGAUUCGAAUGGCACCAUCGAAGAAAGGGACUAUAUUAUUGAUCACCAAUUACACUGGGGAUCGCCUUCACUUCGGUCUUGCGGCCGAGAGAGCUAAGGCCGAAGGUCUGAUUGAAAACAUCGCCGUUUUACAUGCCACGGAUGAUGUCUCAAUCGGAAGAAGUAAAAACAGUCACAUGGGUAGGAGAGGGCUACCUGGUCUUGUUUUCACAAUGAAGAUCGUCGGGGCAGCAGCCUCGGAAGGUUACUCUUUUGAACAGUGUCUUGCACUGGGACAAGCAGUAAAUGGGCACACGGUCACGAUCGCCUCGGCUCUUGACCAUUGCCAUGUACCGGGCAGACACCAAAAAUCAUCCGUCCCAGACAAUGUGGUUGUCGUCGGUGCCGGCAUACACAACGAGCCCGGCCAACUUCACGUUUCCCCUGCCCCGUCUGUCGAGGACCUUAUCGAGCGGUGUCUCAAGUUUCUUUGCGAUGAUUCCGAUACAGAGCGAGCAUUUGUCAAGUUUGAGCCACACAAUGAAAUUGGUUUACUGGUCAACAACUAUGGCGGCCUCUCUGCCCUCGAGUUAUCUGCUCUGGCCGAUGAGAUUCAAUAUCAGUUAAGCUCACGGUGGAACAUCAAACCUUGCAAAGCAUUAAUUGGUGCAUUCGAAACGUCUCUCAACGCGCCGGGUUUCUCAAUCUCUCUCUGCAACCUUGCCGCUGCAGCUCGGCAAUCGAAUGAAUCUGUCGCUACCCUGAUACGUCACUUUGAUUGCACCACGACUGCUGUCUCUUGGCCGAACACCACCCGUCCCUCUCCUUCCCAGCGGAAGGCCACCUUCGAUAAUCUCGUUGCCAAAGCAAACGGCCAAAAUGUCGCAUCGCCUCGCAUCAAAUUCGAUCCUUCGCUAUUGGAGAAGGCUACAAGGGCCUCGUGUGAAAGAGCCAUUGCGGCAGAGCCAAAGUUGACCCAGUGGGACAUGGUCAUGGGUGAUGGAGACUGUGGCGAGGCGGUCCAAGGCCUGGCCGAAUCUAUUUUGCAGAGUGUCGAUAAAGGCUGUACAAGAUCUGGCGAUCUGCUAGAAGUAAUUUGGUCUAUUCUGCAGAAUGUCGACGACAUGGGCGGAACCCUCGGUGCGAUUUUUGGAGUUCUUCUUUCCGCCCUUUCUACAGCCCUGAGGAAGAAUUCGCUCGAGGAGAAAAUAAGUCCUUAUACGCCAAACUUCUAUUCCACUGCUCUGGCGUCCGCGGUGACGUCCUUGAAGUCACACACAGGAGCAACGGAAGGAGAUCGGACUGUCAUGGACGUGUUACUCCCCUUCAGCGAGGAGUUUUCGAAAACAAAUGACUUUCCGUCAGCCGUGGAUGUUGCUGCCAAAAAGGCAGAGCAAACAAAAUACCUCAAGGCCAAGUUUGGCCGCGCAACGUAUGUUGGGGAUGCCUCGAGCCAGCAACUACCAGACGCCGGGGCAUGGGCUUUAUAUGAGAUAGUUGCGGGUUUGGCGGACGGGCUUGGGCUUGAUCCCAAUUAA